AUGGAGUUUACAGUAUUGAGCAAAAUUGGAUCGUUUGAACGCACGUGGAAGAUUAUUUUUAUCAUUUAUGUUAUCGCGAGUGCAUCUGAAGCAGUUGAUCGAUUUGGGAUACCUUUCGCUGAGCAUCAUCUCAAGGGUCAAGGAAAUGUUGGACAUUUGGGAUUUCAGACCGGAGUGCCACCGAUAGUCGUCCAAAGGAGCAACCGCGCGCGCCCGCCAUUACAUCCGACCACGUCACGGAAGAGCAGUACUGGGGUAUCGGCUAAUAAUCAGAAAAGGACUGUUGUGACGUUGACUGAUCCCCUUCAUGAUUUGCGGCAAAUUCCGGGUGGAGACGAACAGACGCGAAAAGUGUAUGUCGCGAAAGCUGAUGAGGAGCGUGAUAAUCGAGUUGAGGAAGAAAAGAAGGCUGUAGACUCUUUGGACCCCCCGCUGAAGGCCUGGCCGAUCACAUCGUUUCUGGUUUUCCGUAUUCCUGGUGCUGCAAUUUACCUCAUAAUAUGUGCAGCUCUAGCGGCUACUAUUUACACGUGGUCGUUGGCAUGGAUUAAAUCGGAAGAUACAUUCCCGCUUUUCCAGUGCCCGAGUUCAUCUGUGGUUGAACAUGAUGUUAACGUCGAUGGUACAUAUUGCCAAUUGACCUUCUCAUUUGAUAACAUCACUAAUUACAGAGCAGCUGCUGUGGGCUUUCAAAAGGAUAAUGGAGUUGGCUCGACGUGUUGGAUACCAUCACGGUAUCAAUAUGAAGAUUGUGGACCGGGACAUCUUUGCUAUGUGCGAUGCAACGCGCCUGUGUCGUGUACGUUGGCUUUGAAUGGGCCGUCGGGUCAGCCGUCACCAAAACCGUUUGGUGGCAAUUCUUCAUGCGCUAAAACGGUGAAGUGGGGAGCGGAUGAGAACUAUUAUAUCGACCGUGGAUGUACGCAGACUAUUUACCUGCAACAAGAUCAGGCUACCACGGUGCCUCAAACGGCUAUCGCAGUUCAACCGUACUGCGAUCUUGGCAGUACCGUCUCGCCCGCAGACAUCAUCGGCAUCAGAGGAAUUUUCUUGGGCGCUCUUGUAUUUCUACUUAUCUAUAUUGUGGCAGUAUUGACGAUUCGUACAGCGUAUAAAAGGGUUAUGGAAACUCAUGCUGCGGAAUUGUCAAUAUUGGAACCUCACAUGAACGAUGUUCGAGAGGAUAUGCAUUCUGUGGUCGAGAGGAGAUGGUGUGGCUUGCCGGUGUCGGCUGGGCAACCGCAUGAUUCUUUGGAUCAUAAUGGACCGAAGUUCGAGACGGGGAGUCUAUUAGAAUUGAAUACUGCAGCUAAGCCAGGAAAGCCUCCGAUGACGUCAGCCGACCACAAGAGAAGGUUCGCAUCUGGAAGUUGGCGAUAUCGACUUAGGUUGAUGGCUGGUUUGAGAGCACGAAAGAAAGCUAUGGUCGCAUCGCGUGUUCGUAACAACACGGCAAUAAUGGGGAUCAGCUAUCUCCUGCUGAUCGUGUGCAUCAUGUGUUUGGUGCUUCUGGAUCAACCAUUGAAUUAUGUCCAAUUUUCCCCACGAGCUUUUCUGGAUCCGAUCGUCUACCCAGACACGCGUAAUUCUAGGCAGGGCUUAUAUGUUUGGCUCGACGUCCUGGCCUUCAGCGACUAUGUCAUAGAGUUUAUCGUUUUGAGUCUGGGAAUAGCAUCAUCAUUGUUCAAGAAAGGGAAGGAAAAACAGUCUACUGCAAAAAGUCCUCGUGAAAGUUCUCACGAGCUCAAUACCGCAUCUACUGGAGUAACGCUUUCAACGAGAGAUGUUGAGCUUGGAAUCGAGCCAUGUCCCAUUAAUGAGGAGGAAGGAGUUGAGGCUCGAAGUGACCCUGUAUUCCCUGAUAGUGUGUGUGCUAUAGUUCUGAUUCACACCGUGGUUUCGCCUGAUAUAAACUACAGCUACUUACCUGAGAAUAAUAGAAUUCUUGGAGCUUACUGGGCCAAUAAAAUUUGGAUACCAUAUGCUGGGAAAAAGACGACAAUGGGAAGUGGCGGUGGUGGUGAGUUGAAGUCUGGUAACUCUGGUGUAUUUGAGCCGAAGUCGAAUGGCGGUAUAAAUUCCACAUUUCGCUACGCCCUGAUGAUCGAUGAUAUCGAGACGGUUCUUCCCAGCACUUUCGACUUACAUUCAUUAAAUCUUGAAGAAACGAGACCGGCAGCAGUGCAUUUUCCUGUUACCAUCGAUCCGAGAAAUAGACCGUCACAAGAUUUGGCGAAGUUCGCGGAUAUGCAGUUAUUAUACCAGUUGACUUUGAUACGAUUUCAAUCGCAAUUUUUCGGGGCGGUUUUGUCUACACAGAGAGGAGUCAGUUUAUGGCAUAGAGGAACAUUGGAUAAGGUUUUGUAUGAACACGGGACGGAGCCGUUCAGUGUGAGUAACUUAUAUGCUGGGCUGUUGAUGUUACGGCAACGUGAUGAGGAUACAAUUGAAUUGGCUGAGGAACUGGCGCCGCAGACUUUUGGAAAAUCACCAUAUGUUGACGUCGGAUUUCGGCCGAGGAAUCUUCUGGAGUGCGUGGCACAGGAGACAGAGAGUGCAGCGCCAGCAAGAUUUAUGAUGCUAUAUCUUCGUGAGCUGCUUUGGGUACCAUCCCUCACUCACUUCCGAUCGGUUAUCAUGAAACCGUAUCUUUUCUUCAUUCCGAUUCUGUCGGGUAUCUUGGAUUUCUUGCGCCCUCUGCAUUUCGUACUGUUGUUUGGGUCGAACUGGCAAGAGCGUGCCUUGACUGGUGAUGAGAACUCCCUGCGAGUGGGUCUACGAGUUGACGAUAUUCGUGACAUACCGCCGUGCCCACCAAGUACAGAAGUUGACUGGUUUUCGGUUUGGAAAGGUGCGGGUCCUCAUGGAAAUAGCGGGGAUCAUCACCAUGCAGAGCGACAGCUUUCAGAGGAGAUGGAACCUGGGUCUUCCGAUGGACGGCGUGGCGGCUUAACCGACGGAGAAAUAUCGACUCCGCAUCACAUUGGAGCGCAUCGGACACGAGUUGUUCAUACGCCUACGGGUCACUCCCCAGUGGUGGAUCCACGGGUACCUCCUCCAGUUGUGCAGAGGAGUCCUCGAAGUAGGCCGCCGUUGCACCCCAGCACACCACGUAGGAGUAGACCGGGGAUGCUGGGUAGCAGCCCUAGAAGUUGGGCGCAAAGUGGUGGAGAGGCGAGGUCGCAGUUGCCGUCGAGCACAGCUAGUAGCAGUGAGAGAGGUCAGCAAAUGGUUGAUGAAGAGAAGGGGAAGGAAGCGGUUGAGGUGGUUGAGGACGCGGCGGCGGGUGGUGUGGUGGAGGCUAAUACGGGUGGCGAGAAUGGUGCCUCGGACGAGUCUUUCUACGAUGGAGAGUAUCUGGGUGCGGGGCCGAUCGAGCAGGGAGGCAAUCAGCCGCCGAGGUUCAGAGCUGAUACUUUCAAAUCAGAUGGAGGAGAGUCUGAUUUCAAUUCGGAUGCGGAGGGGAGUAUAGCGGGUGAUGGGGAGAUUGGUGGAAGAGGGCGGCUGGUUGGCAAGGGUGGAGUGCCGGUUUCAACGGAUAGGAGCUUUGGUGCUAUUCUCAAGCAGGAGCGACAGUACCUGAGAGCUCGUACGCCUCCGCCUUUCCUUUCCCCCUUGCCUGAGAUUGUCCGCGUGUUGGGUGCGAUAAUUGCAUUAGUGCUCGCGGUGGGGGUGGCGGUUACUAUAAUGGUUGGCUCGUUCGGCUGGGUGACGGCAUUGAACUGCCCCUUUCCGGCGGUGCCGUUUGCAGCAACGGAGAAUAUUGAUGGGUUGUAUUGUCGUGUUAGAGUGUCGUAUGCAAGUAGCAUACAGUUGCAGCAGGAUUGGUCGAGGAUUUAUGCUCCUUUCACAGCUAGUGUUGAAGAUUCAAGUGGAAGUUUGGGCUGUCGCCAGGAAGGCAGCAACGAGGUGAAUUGUCUCUCAACACUUCCUUGUGAUUUCACCGUCCAACUCUCGGGAGGCAGCAGUUGCCCGUCUGACGCUAUUUUAUGGACUCAGGGAGGAACUAACGAUGUCAUAUUGCCGUUUGAUGGGUCCUGUCGGUACCUCCUAGCUCUUGACCUACAGCAGAGUUUCGUGUCUGGUGCUGGGAUAAGCGUGGAGCCGUUCUGUACGACUGAUGGAGAAGUCCCACCGGGAAAGGUGAUCAUUGCUAACGCUCUAUUGAUACUCUGCGCUGGUUGGAUCAUCUUCGUCGUCAUUGGCGAGAUUCGCUUCUACGUAAAUCGUCAGAAGAGAGCUCGUAUGGAAAAAAUCGAUCGAGCAGUGAUGGAGCGAAAAUUGCCUGGGAUUCACGCAGCGUACCGUCGGCGAGUACAGGCCAGCUGGACGGAGCAGGCGAAUCGAGAACAUAGACGAUUGCUUGAGAAGCAAGCUGAAGAACAACACAGCGAUACUGAUUCUGUGAAAUCACCGCAGUCUGUGUUUUCGGUCGACGUGGAUUCGCCCUCGGGUUUGCGGAGUAAUGUUCACAUGGCGUUCGAGCAUGGGAAUCUGCAGGACCUUGCUGGUGGUUUGGUGAAGACGGUGGACGAGGAAGGUAAUCCGAUCCAUCCCUAUGCUCGCUUCCAAAGCAAGGAGUGGCGAGCUAGAGUGUCGGUGGCGUUGCUGGAGAUACAAUAUCGAGCGAAGACCGCAUUGAGGAGAGGUGUAUUUUAUUGGGCAUUAACUCUCAUUUUAUCGUGGCUUCUAUUGUUUCUCUGUUGCCUUCUGGUUGUCGCGGUCUUUCCUGAUCAAGUUUAUCAGAAUUCUGGAAAGUUGGACCUAUGGGAUUAUAUAAGGAACGGAGCUGAUGGAGAAUCGGUGCCUGUGGUAGCGGUCAUCGACUGGCUUGUUCUUCUCGAUGGUCUCAUCCUCACUAUUCUAGCCUUCUUGCCAGCCCUGCUAAGCUCAUGUUGGCCACCUCUUCCAGUGUCGAGGAAGGGUCGGGAUGGACGUAGUGUUUCUGAGAGCGUAAAUGCUGGUGCUGGUGCUGUUGCUGGUGGUGUGCCGAUGGGCGUUUUGGGGGAGGGGAAUGAGCAGAGUGGCGAAUUGGUUACAGACGUUUGUGUGAUCGUUGCGAUGCGCAGUGGAUGCUGUACGGAUCCUGUGAAGCGCGGUCGAGUGCGAAAGAUACUCAGGAGAUGCACAACAUUGCUCCCUCCGAAAGUCCAUGGUUGCAGUCCAAUAUUCGUAGUGGAGGUUGGAGAAGGGUUAUCACCUGCAGAUGACUGCUGCAAGAUGAUUCAAGACUUCGUCUCUCCAGACGUGAAUUACGCCUACCUUCCCGAGGAUAAUAAAGCUAUGGCGAUUUACUGGGCGAACAAGUCGUGGAUACCCUCGGUUUUGCGGUGGGCGAAUCCACAGGAGAAUCGAAACUCAGCAUUCCGAUAUGCUCUUUUGAUAACGGACGCUGAUUCUGACGAUGAUAUGAUGCUGCCCGUGGCCUUGGACCUCAACACUCAGAAGUAUCGUCGAGAAGGCACCAAAGUGGUGUGGUAUAUGCCUACGGUGCGGGGCGUCAGCAACAUGCCGUCAGUAACACUACGUGAUUAUAUAGUCAAGCAAAGGGCAAUAAUGUCUUUUACUCAAGAGAAGCUGGGUGGAUCGUGUGUUGUAACUCCGUUGAAGGCAGUGUCUCUGUGGGAUCGGGCGGCCCUUCACAAAACCCUCGCAGGAUUUGUGGGAGUCAAUGAUACCCAUUCUCCUGGUUUAUUACAGCCAUCGUUGAUGAUGGAGCAGUACUUGAGACAUGAUUUCGAAACUUGUAUGGGAGGCAGUCAGAUUCGUACUGAUACCGGGAGUAGCAAUUUCGCUUCGGAGUGUGGACGGUGGUAUUUUCGGUUGCGUAUGUUUGUUGUCGCUUUCGUCCCUACUAUUCGGCUGAAGGGUUGCUGUUCUCGAGAGGCUCUCGUUGGUCGAAUUUGGUCGUUCAUAGCGGACGUUGUUCCAACUAUUGUGAUAAUAUUGAGGCCAUUUUUACUGGUAUCUAUAUUCGUUCGGCAACCGGCUCUUAUAGGCGUAUAUUUCGGGAUAUACUUCGUUAUUUUCCAUGGUAUUUCGGUGGCCCUGAUGGCUAUUACACUCCGAAACCGUCGAGAUGUCCGUCGCCAAUGGAAUUGGUUCACUGCAAGUAUCAUAUUCCCCUUCUAUAAAAUAUACCAAUACGUUGUUGAUAUCUACCCUGCUCUUCUUCAUGUGAUGUUUUCAGUCAAUCGCGUACCAGGCGGACGUCAGAGCACGCGAACGGGAGCCUCAAUGCCACUUCCUCCUGCUAAGGAUGUUGACUGGUUCACCGUGUGGAGAGCGAGUUCACAUUCUGCAUCGAGCUUGCCCAAUGCAGAUCCCGAACCCAGCAGCGCACAGAGGAGAAAAUAUAAGAAUCGUCGCAAGAACGAUCAGUAGAUUCAGUCGCUACUACGAGUCUCGUAAUCAACGAAUUGUGUCUGUUAUUCUUGUCUUCAUUGUUCUGCUGGAACCGUUGUUGUAGAGCCUUUGAUAAAAACAACAACACAAACGUACGUAUGAAAGUGAAGAUUUUCGCCUGCUUACUUUCUCUAUUCUGUGUCUAUUAUAUGACAGUAAGUCGGUCUCAGAUGGCAGGCGGCCUGAAGGAAUCGGUUUCGA